AUGGCAAGGGACAAGCGAGUCGGAAAGCAGGACCGAGAAGAUGUAAUUGGGCACUUGGGGUGGAGUUGGAAACCUCGUGGUGAUGUUCAGAAUUUCAUCGGGGCGGGUGUCUGGAUGCACGAGGCUAUGUUGGGCGCGGUAUUGGCUCAGCGAGGGUUCAGGGCGUCGGGGGAGGGGAGCGACGAGGAGAGCGCAAUGGACGAUGGACAAGACAUGGGUGUCGAUGGGUGGGCAAGGGAAGAGGUGCCUUGUACUCGACCACGACCACCACUCUCUGUGUGCAAGCCAAGGAUGACCUCGCUCGUAGCCUCCAAGCCCAGCGACGGACCGACGAGCCCUGGGCUGAUGUCGUAUGGGUCUGACCCGAGUGCGCUGGACGAUUAUUUGAAUCUGGAUUUAUUUGGCUCGUCGAGGGCGGCUCCCCAGUCCCCUGCGUCGUCCCAUGGUGCGCUGCCCAUCACCCCUGGCACAAGCGCCGAGACACAGACGGACGAGACCAUGGCCUUUGAUGCCUUCAACCCGCUUGACAAGAUGGCUCCGUUUGAUAUGGGCCUGUUGGGCAGCGAUCUCGGCAUGGACCAGUACGGUUCUCUCUUCCAGGACAUGUUUCCCUCCUUUUCCGAGCCUGCCUCUGGGCCCUCUGCGCCUGUCAUUGAUCCCCAGUUGUUUGCUGCCUCGCCACCUUCACUGCCACCGCCUAUCCCGCCACCAGCCCCAGCUGUCCCCGCAUCUGCACCCACACCCGCACCUGAAUUACCUUUGGCGGCUGCUGCGAUCGUGACAGACGAUGAAGACGAUGAAGACGAGGAGAUUGCACCGCUCCCGACUCGCACGCGUAAACCCAAGAAAAACGCGGCCGCAGCAGGCGGCAUUUCCAAGCGUCCGUCGCGCGCCUCGACCCCAGCCAGCGUCCUGCCGUCUUACGUACACUUUGACGAUCCCAAACCCGUUGUCCCUCCCGCCCUCGGCAAAGGCGGAGUCGCAAGCUAUCUCAACGGCGAGCGCAUCGGCAGCCAAGAACCCGACGAGUGGAGACCCACUCCCGAAGAAUACAAAAAGCUCUCCAGCAAGGAAAAGAGGCAACUUCGGAACAAGAUCAGUGCUAGAAAUUUCAGGGUUAGACGCAAAGAAUACAUCACCACACUCGAAUCCCACAUCGCCGAUCGCGACCAGCUCAUCGCCGCUAUUCGCUCCGAGCUCUCAAAUACCCACAACGAGAACACAGAGCUCAGGCGCGAGAUUGAUGCCCUCAAGCGUGCCAUCCAAGAAGGCCGUCUCUCGGCAGCCGACACUGGCCUGCCUCCGCCCCGACCCCUCACUCCCGAGCAGACUGCUACGCCCCCGACUCCCACCACCGCUGGACCGCGUCGUCCGGCCGAACUCACCCGCGCCAACACCCACAAGGAUGUCAGCUCGGAUAACCGCACCAGUUUCUGGGGCGGCGCUGUUGGACACGGCGGUGUUACUUCUGUCCAUACCACACUCAUUCCCGAAGUGUUCCCUCAGCAGUUGUCCGAUAAGCCGCGCAACGUUUCGCCCUCGAGCUCUGGAUCGAGUAGUGCCAGUCCAUCAACGCCUCCCAAUGAAGGCGCGUCUUUUUUCCUGCCCUAUCCGCAUUGUACUAACUGGAUUCGUACAGGCGUAAACAUGAACCCCCUCAUGAACCUUUCUCCACUCUUCUCCUCUUCCAAGCUUCCCAACCCAAACCCCAGUCUGCAGCUUGACGUCAUGGACCAGGCGUUUAACCAACGCACCCUCGAAGGGUUCAGGGCUCAGCUUUGGGGACGGAUGGCCAAGGAGGCUGGUGCCAGGAGUGUUUUGGUCGAACAGCAGCAGCAACAGAGGAGAGAGGAGACGCCGUUGUUCACGCCUUUGGUUGGAGAUAUGCUGUCGCCGCUUUCGUCGCCUCAACAAACGAGCUCAUUGGCAUCGCCCCAGCAAAGCAGCUCGUCGACUUCGCCUCAGCAGACCAUGUCUUCUUCUCCGUCGCUUUCGAUGCUCCACCAGCCUGCUACAACGUUUAAAUCACUGUUCGAUGGCGUGUUCCCGCCGAGUGCCUUGCUUACGGCGCAGUCGUCUGCGCAGCAAUCGUCUUCUUCGCCUGCGCUUGGACAACAGUCUUCGCCUUCUCUCUCGCAGCAGUCUUCGCCUAACCCAGCUCAACAACAGCCACAGCAACAAUCGUUUGUUCCCGCGCCGGCACUGCUGCAAGCAUCCAGCUUUGGCGCUGGCUUCCUCGGCUCGCAGUCGGCUUCAAACUCGGCGUUUACUCAGAGCACCGCGUCAAUGCAGGCUCGUGCGAUGUUGCAGGCCCAGUGGUUGGCUCUGCAGCAGGCCAGGCAGCAGAACGCGUCCUCUUCCCCUUCUUCCUACUCGCCCUCUUCUUCUUCCUCUUCUCAGCAGCCCAUGUCUUCGUCUUCUGCCCAGCCCGCAUCCUCGAGCACACAACGCGAGUCGUAUCUCGCCCAGUUUGCACAGGCCGCCGCGGUGCAUCAGCAACAGCAACAACAGCAACAACAGCUGGCACAGGUACAGUUGUCGGGUCUUGCGGCUGGCGUGCGACCUGCGUACUUUACCUCGGCCAAGGACAAGAACAGUUGGGGAAGAGAGCAAACCACCACCGCGGGACUCGGACUCGGACUGGGAAUCGACAAACAAACCCUGCCCGCGCUCUCGGACAAAAAGGGAACGACACCACAGCAAGCGGCGCUUGCAGCCUCGCUCGCGUCACAGACCCUGCUCCAGCGCAUGGGCUCCGCGUUCUGGGACGCCUUUUCGACCGGUCCGUCCCGCGACGUCGACACGAACAAGGUCCGCCGCGUUUUGGAGGGUAAAGCGAUCGUCAAGGUCGUCGAUGUCGAUGGGCUCGAUGGGCUCGAGGAGAAGAUGCGCGGGAUGAGUGUGGGUGUGGGUAGUACGGGUGGAGGAGGUGGAGUGUUUGGGAAUUUGAGAGGGAAAAAGUAG